AUGCGCCGUCCACUCCGCGCCGCACUGCCGCUGCUCCUCCUCGCGACGACGUGUUGCGUCGUUGGGUGCCUCGCCGCUGCACACCGCCGUGCGCUCGACGAGGCGGCGAUGAAGAGCGGCCCGCUGCCGACCGCGAUGGUGCGUGAGGUGCCGCGCAAGGGGGAGGGCGCGGCGCAGGCGUACACCGUCGCCGCAGCGGGCGAGGGCAAGGAGUGGGAGCCCAUCCGCAUCGUGGUGUCGAUGGAGGAUCUGAGCGACGCAAGUAAAUACUGCACCAAAGAAGGAGAAAAGAAACCCAACUUCAAGGGGCAAGAGUUGAAGUGCACGAAGGAGGAAGUUGUGACCGCGGACUGGAACAAAACCUUGGUGAACGAGGUCAUCCCCGUGGCUGUCAAGCUGCACGCGGAGCGUCUGCUCGUUCGACGCCUGAAGACCCCGCUGAAGGUGCCCAAGUUCACAUCGGAGCAUGGGUUUUGCCAGUACUUCAAGGUCCCCGAGGGGCACCACGAUGCGGGGGUUGAGAAUGCGGACAUGGUGCUCUACGUGGCUGCCGGGACGAGUUACGGGGCGUGGGCUCUUCCGUGUGCGUUUGGGACGGAUGGUCGUCCAAUUGCCGGUGCGCUACAUCUGCCUCUUUUUCAACCUUUGACCGUCAUGCACGCCUCUCGCACGGCUGCGCAUGCAAUCGUCUAUGCCCUUGGCUUCGUCGCGAAGCAGAUGAAGAAGCACAGCAUGCUGACGACUGUCUCUGCUGUGCGCGGCGGCAGCUCUCCUGUGACGGUGGUGAAUUCACCCGUUACGCUGAAUAAAACGAAGGCACACUACGGCUGCGACAAGCUGCAGGGCAUGGAGCUGCAGGACUGCGAUCAUCCGGAGGGCUGCCACCUGUCGUUGCGCAACGCGAAGGACGAGCUGAUGAGCGUUGCUGGUGGGCACACCGCCGGCUACUACACGGCGCUGACGAUGGCAAUACUUGAGGACCUCGGCUACUACAAGGCCGUGUGGGGGAUGGAGGAGCCGAUGGCGUGGGGCAGAGGCGCGGGCUGUGACUUCCUCGAGAAGCCGUGCUCGGACAAAAGCCCCAUCGAGCACCCCGGCAUGUUCUGCGAUAACAAAACUGAAAAAUCGCUUCGCUGCACGUCCGACCGCCAAGCCAUCGGUCAAUGUGGUCCGAACGUUGCUGAAGGCGGCGCCAAC